GUGGGAGAGGCUGGUUUGUUGACCGACUUCGGCUGCGUUGUUGCUGCAACUGGCAAAACCAGCUAGGCUCCCUUACCAGAGUUAAAGCUUUUCAUUUGGCAAGAUGUCAGCAAUGUAAUGUAAUGUCUCGUCGCACAGCUGAUGCCACGGGUUCCGGCUCUUGAAGAUGAUUGCCAUCAGAUAAAUCCCCUGUUAUCGGAGGAAUUUGUAACACAGCACGACGUGGUUUUAGCUAGCAAUAGCUUAAGUUACAAGAUUGACAAGAUAGACGGCUGAAGUUCCUCCGGAGGGAGAUGGGUAACACAAGGCUGCCCACAGGUAGCUUAUGUAGCAGGUCGGCCAGCUGAGUGCGACAUGGAAAUAGGAAUAUUUCCAGAUGGCUUUCGUCCAUAAAAUCAAUCCCCAUUCUUACAGAAACUUGUGUGAGUGCCGACCUUAAAGAAGUGAAGCAGCAGUGUCAAAGGACGUAAGCUAGCUGUCAAACUCUCGCUCGCCCUGGCUACUCCGCUGGCCUAAGAAGCUAGCAGCUAGCUGGCUAGCCGCACGUCUGGCUCCUCUACCAAAGGUUCGUGUUGUUGAUGGCCUCCCUGCCAGCCAUGGACACUGUGACUGACACAUGCCUCGCAGUGCACCAAAACGGGGCCGUCCAUCGGGAAACCCCACACACAAGGCCAGCCGCUGCUGUUCUGAGACUCCAUUUCUACCACAGCAGCCAAGGACUGACCGACUGCAGCUCCCUCAGCUACCCACCUGGAGACUAUGUGGUUGAGGAGCUGUGUAUAGACGCAGCCAAGGCUUGCAGUAUAUCACCUCUGUACUGCAGCCUUUUUGGUCUCUUCCGAGAGCGAGACCGCUUGUGGUUUUCACCCAACCACAUCUUCCAGCUCGACGAAUUGGCUUCAGAAGAUGUGUUUUUCAGAAUAAGGUACUACUUCCCUGGCUGGUACAGUGGUGGGGCAUCCCGGGCAUAUCGAUAUGGGGUCGCCAAGGGGUCAGAAAGCCCUGUCCUUGAUGACUUUGUUAUGUCGUACCUCUUCUCUCAGUGGAGGAAUGACUUUGUCAAUGGCUUGGUGAAGAUCCCCAACUCCCAUGAGACUCAGGAAGAGUGCCUCGGUAUGGCUGUGCUCGACAUGACAAGAACAGCCAAGGAGAGACAGAUGUCACCGCUGGACAUCUACCACACUAUAAGUUACAAGUCCUUCUUGCCAAAAGACAUAAGAGCUCAGAUCCAGGACUGCAACUUCUUAACACGCAAGCGAAUCCGCUUCCGCUUCAAGCGCUUCAUCCAGCAGUUCAGUCAGUGUCGGACAACAGCGCGUGACCUCAAGCUCAAGUACCUCAUCAGCAUGGAGUCCCUGGAGAAGGCCUUCUUCACAGAGACCUUCCAGGUUAAGGAACCGUCCACCGGACAGCUCAUCAUCCUGGUAGCAGCGGACAGUGGCAUCCAGUGGUGUCGAGAAAAACUGAAAGAUUCUGACCAGGAGCUGCAGACCUUGUGUGACUUCCCCGACGUCACUGACAUCAGCAUCAAACAGGCCAGCAAGGAGGGUGCUGCAGAGAGUCGGGUUGUCACCAUCAACAAGCAAGAUGGCAAGAAUCUGGAGCUGGAGUUCCCCAGCCUGUCUGAAGCCCUCUCCUUUGUGUCCCUCAUUGAUGGCUACUAUCGGCUGACUACAGACGCACAUCACUACCUGUGUAAAGAAGUGGCUCCUCCUAGGCUUGUGGAGGCCAUCGCCUCCCACUGCCAUGGCCCCAUCUCAAUGGAGUUUGCUAUCAACCGGCUUCAGAAGUGUGGAAACAAGCAAGGCUUGUACAUUUUGAGAUGUAGCCCUAAAGACUUCAACAAGUAUUUUCUAACUUUCCCUGUUGAGGUGUAUGAUGCCGUGGAAUAUAAGCACUGCCAGGUAACUAGGUCUACCAGCGGGGAGUUUAACCUCAGCGGAACCAAAAGAAACUUCAGCAGCUUGCAGGAACUACUCAGCUGCUACCAAAAGGAAACUGUGCGCUCUGACAGCGUCAUUUUCCAAUUCAGCAAGUGCUGUCCACCUAAAGCCAAAGAAAAGUCAUGCCUCCUCAUAUGCAGGAGUAACAAGGGCUCCGAAGUGCCUCUAUCUCCGUCACUACAUCGACACAACAUCAGCCAAAUGGUGUUUCACAAGAUCAGGAAAGAAGAUCUGGAAUUUAUGGAGAGUCUAGGUCAAGGGACAUUUACCAAGAUCUUCAAAGGGGUCCGCAAGGAGCUGGGAGACUAUGGACUCGUGCACCAGACCGAAGUAGUUAUGAAAGUCCUGGACCAGGCCCACAGGAAUUACUCUGAGUCUUUUUUUGAAGCUGCCAGCAUGAUGACCCAGUUGUCCCAUAAGCACCUGAUCCUUAACUAUGGCGUGUGUGUCUGCGGAGAAGAAAAUAUCAUGGUGCAGGAGUAUGUGAAGUUCGGCUCGCUGGACACCUACCUGAAGAAGAACAAGAACUCGAUAAACAUCCUGUGGAAGCUGGAGGUGGCUAAGCAGCUGGCCUGGGCCAUGAACUUCCUGGAAGAAAAGCAUCUUGUCCACGGGAAUGUCUGCGCAAAAAACGUUCUUUUGAUCAGAGAGGAUGACCGGAGAGCUGGGAACCCCCCCUUCAUCAAACUGAGUGACCCUGGCAUCAGCAUCACUGUCCUGCCAAAAGAAAUCCUGAUUGAGAGGAUCCCUUGGGUGCCCCCUGAGAGUAUCGAGGACCCUGCCAACCUGAGCCUGGCUGCAGACAAGUGGAGCUUUGGCACCACAUUAUGGGAGAUCUGCAGUGGUGGGGAGAAACCUUUAGCAUCACUGGACAACUCUAAGAAAAUCCUGUUCUACGAGGACCACCACCAGCUCCCUGCACCAAAGUGGACCGAACUGGCUAAUCUGAUCACCAGCUGCAUGGACUACGAGCCCACGUUCAGGCCCACGUUUCGUGCCAUUAUCCGUGACCUCCACAGCCUGUUCACACCAGACUAUGAGUUGAUCGUGGACAGUGACAUCCUGCCAAACCGGACAGUGGCCACUGGCUGGUCGACUGGGGGUUUUGAGAGUCAGGAGCCAGCCCAGUUUGAAGAGAGACACCUCAUAUUCUUACAGCAGCUGGGCAAGGGAAACUUUGGCAGCGUGGAGAUGUGUCGGUAUGACCCGCUUCAGGACAACACUGGAGAGGUCGUGGCCGUGAAGAAACUCCAGCACAGCACUGCCGAGCACAUACGAGACUUUGAGCGAGAGAUCGAGAUCCUGAAAUCUCUGCAGCACGAGAACAUUGUCAAGUACAAAGGCGUUUGCUACAGUGCAGGACGACGAAAUCUCCGCCUCAUAAUGGAAUAUCUGCCGUAUGGAAGUCUGCGAGAUUACCUCAUGAAAAACAAAGACAGGAUCGACCACAAGAAGCUUGUGCAUUACACUUCUCAGAUCUGCAAGGGUAUGGAGUACCUGUCAAGUAAGAGGUAUAUCCACAGAGACCUGGCAACACGAAAUAUCCUCGUGGAGAGUGAGCUGAGGGUGAAGAUCGGAGAUUUCGGCCUCACUAAAGUUCUGCCUCAGGACAAAGAGUACUACAUGGUCAAAGAGCCAGGAGAGAGUCCCAUAUUCUGGUAUGCCCCUGAGUCGUUGACUGAGAGCAAGUUCUCUGUGGCGUCAGAUGUCUGGAGCUUCGGCGUGGUGCUCUAUGAGCUCUUCACACACAGUGACAAGAACAGCAGCCCUCCUGCAGUUUUUAUGUCUAUGAUGGGAAAUGACAAGCAGGGACAGUUGAUUGUCUAUCACCUCAUUGAGCUCCUCAAAUCAGGCAGCAGGCUGCCUGAACCUCUGGGAUGCCCCACAGAGAUACAAGAGAUCAUGGAGGAGUGCUGGAGCAACGACCCCGGCCUGCGUCCUUCUUUCAAGGAGCUCGCUCUGCGUAUCGACCUGUUCAGGGACAGUAAGGAGUUUUAAAGUCAAAAAUCACCCAAAGUGCCGUGCUCCUCUUCAGCCGAGCCGCUCUUAACAUUGUUGCCUUGUUUGUGGCAAAAGGACAAAGGUCGAAGCAAGGUCCUUCUCCUGCUGAGUGCCAGCGUGUGGCAGAGCAGCUUGUGGCUGGAAGGGUGGUGGUUUGAAACUAGGACCAGCUCAAAAACUACUGCCAAGGUGCCUUUUAAGCAAGGCACUCAACCCCCAUUUCUAAAGUGGAGCGGCUUAGUGGCCAGCAGCAGGAUGGAAAUGGAGGCUUGGAUUCAAGGAGCUGCUGAAGUUAAUGUUGCUGUUCGGUCAAACAUCCUGGUUAGAGUUCAAGAGUUUUUGAAGACUGAGUAGUAUUGCCAGGCCUAAAGCUAGAGAUGCUUGUGUCAGACAAGUUAUGUGUGUGUGUGUGUGUGUGUGCGUAUGUGUGUGCGUAUGUGUGUGCGUAUGUGUGUGCGUAUGUGUGUGCGUAUGUGUGUGCGUCUGUGUGUGCGUCUGUGUAUGUGUAUGUGAGAGAAAAAGAGAGUAUCAUGUCCAUACAAACAGCUAGCAGGGCUAGCUCAUGCAUCCCUCUUUUCCCCUCAUCUGAAGACAAAUGGACUUAUAGAGCUUAGUGUUUUCUAUGUAUGUGUAUAUACCUACGGUAUACUUGUGUACAUAUGUCCAGAAAAAUUUUAUAAUUUUAUAAAAUGAAAAUAUAGUAAAUACUAUAUUUGAACUGCCAGCAAGAUGUAAAUGAAGUACAAAGGUGAUUUAAAAAUCUGUUAUUGUUUUAUGUUUUCAUUGUGAGAGGUGGUGUGAAAAUUAAAGAACAAUUUAAUUCAACAUCA